AUGGAAAUUCAAUAAAAUUGGAUACCAUCUUAAACUGCGAAUGGCAACCUAUAAAUAAAUAUCAAUGAAUAAAAUAGUUAUUAGGAUUAAAUAGAUAAAGAAAUUAUCACCAUAAAGCAGAAAACUUUAAAGCAUUAAUUUAUUUAUUAAGGAAAUGAUUUCUUUUUAAACGUAAUUUGUGAAUCAUAAUUAGAAUAUAUUCCUUCUCUUUUAGAUAAUCUUGUUUUGCUAAUUUAAAUAGCUCAUUUAUGCGCAGUAUAAUAUUUAAAUUAACAGAGCAUUUUUAACAAUUAAGAUAAUGGAUAUAAUAGAGUGCACAUGUAUAUUGGAAUAACUUUUUUCUCACUUGGUUAUAUAUUUAUAUCCUUAAUUACUCUUCUUUGUAGUUAAAAUUAUUAGCGCUACAAGGAUGGAUAAAUCGUUUUAUAUAAUAUUACUCUGCUUCUCUAGCUAUUUAAUGUCUUAUAUUAUUUAUUUUGGAUUCUUUAUCUUUAAGAUUAACUUUAAUCAAUUUAGUGGCUAACAUUUGAUAUUACAGCUAUUUUUUUAUACUACUUCUCAUUAAGAUAAACUAUUAUAAAAAACUAUCUUUAAAACUGGUUUUUAUUUUUAAUGCUCUUUGAGAGCAUAGUCUUAGCCAUGCUCGAAACUUCUGAAUGCUUUUAUUAUGGGAUAGGAUAAAUUAUUUUAAUAAUAUUCACAAUUUCUUUGCCAUUCAUAUGUUUUAAUACCAAGUAUAAAAAGAACUAACUGAAGGAUUGUACAACUCUCAGUCAGAAGGAAGAAGAAGUUUUAUACAAUCUUAUUAAAAAAGAAAAAACUCAAAACAUGUAAACAAAUUAAAAUAAGAAUAGCGAUAAAUAAAGCAACAUCUAAACAAUAACUUAGGGAUUGUACACUUUACAUAAUUUAGAUAUGAAUGAUUUACGUUAGUAAGCAAAUAAUAUUUUAAAAAAUAGAAAGAGCAAAUAGAAAUAGGAUUCAACUGACAAGAAUAAUAUUUAAGCUAAUAAGCUAAACUCAAUUAGAAAUAAUUCUUAGCAUAGCUUAAGCAUUUCCAUGGAUGCUUCUCAAAGCCAAAAUAAUUUUUUUGCAUCUACAUCAUAAAUUCAUAAAAAAAAUAUUUCAAAGUAAUUAAAGAAUCCAUUUUUGAUAGACAAAAUAGGAAGUAAAGAUAAUAAUAACAAUCCUUUUUAAUUUAAAGAUGACGUAUCUAUAGCAGAUAUUACUGCAAAGCAAGGAAAUAGUAAAAUGCUAUAAAGUGAUGGAUUUAAAAUUUAAAGCUAUCUCACAUUUAACAUGGAAAAAAAUUGUGCAAAUAUUUUAAAUACAAGCUCAUUAAAAGGAUCUCCUCCUUUAAAUAGCUAAAGGCAUAUAAAUUUCAACAUAAUAAAUAAUUAAAAGCCUUAAUAAGGUUAACUUUCAGAUCGUUUCUAAUUAAAUGUUUAAAAUAAAUAAUAAAAAACAAUGAAAUCUACUCCUAAUUUUCCUUUUUUAUUAGAUUGUGAUAAGAAACUCUCAGAUAUAGCAAAGAAUGAAAAGUUUUAGUUUCACAAGAAUACUUUUUUAUAGCAGGUCUAGUAAGUCCCAAUAGCAGAUACUUAUCCUAUAAUCAGCUUGGAUAAAGAUCUAAAUAUAAUUCACCAUUCUAACAAUUUGAUAGAUCUAUUGGCUUCUUCAUAAAAUGCUUUUUUAGAUGGAAAAGAUCAAUAUUUAUUUAACAACACACAAAAGUAUAUUGACACCAAAAUAUCAUAUCUGAACUCUGAUAGUAUAAAGAUUUUUAAGUCAACUAGUAAUGAUGCCUUAGCUCUAGAAUGUUAAGCAAUGCCAUUUUUAUCUCAAAAAUUAAUUGAGUCAAAAGCUCUCUAAAAUUUAAAAAGAAGAAAUUUAAGUAAUUAUUAAAAAAAGAAAGGAUUUCAAAAAUUCAGUGAAGAUGCACAUCAAAAGUAAGUGCAAGAGCUUAGGUAUCUUUUAGAAACAACUUAUGUGUAAAUAAUUGAGUUUUAUGAAUCAGACAAGAAAAGGGAAUUGAUAAAAUCAUUUUUUCAUCAUGAUACAAUAAGCUAAAAAUAUCCAACAUCUAAUUUUAAAUUAGUUUCAACAACAUCAAAUACAGAUAAAACAAAGCACACCUUUAAUGAUCUUAAAAAUUAACAAUUAACUGAAAAUCAUAUUAAUAAUGAAAAUCUUUUGGAAUUUAAAUAAAAAUAAGAAAUAAUAAAAAAUUAAAGUAAAUAAACAUAAAACAAUUCAUCUCGUAACUCUUUUUCCUAAUCUCCUGCUCUUUUAGGGUACAGAAAGGCUGCUAUUAAAAGCUUGUCUAGCAAUAUACAUUUCGGGUUAAACUUGAAUUCUAAUUCAACAUUAAGCAAUUACAAGUAUUCAGCAAACGAACUUGUCUUAAAUGAAGGAAUAAGUAGCAAUAAAAUUUAAUUAGCAAAUUAAAUCCCUAAAAGUUUUAUAAAUAUUAGCAAAUCGGACAUAAAAAAUCAAACAGAAAUGUAAUAGACUAUCUAAAAUACCAUUCAGACUUUAAAUCAUAUCCCAUAGGAUCUAACUUAUGAAGAAAAUUCAAAUGGUAAAUUAAAGUAAAGCAGCCCUACAAAGCAUUAACUUCCUACCGUUUAGUUAAAACAACUAAUAUCUUAACCUAAUUAACCAAUCAAGCAAGCUAAACAGUCACCUUAAACAUUAAUUAUUCCUUCCUUUUAGCAACUGCGAGAUCCUUCCUAAACAUCUUUUAAGCAAGACAAUUUAAUUUAACAAAAAUCUUAAGAAGAGUUUGUUCAAAAUAUUUAUCAAUUCGAAAGACCCUGCUUUAUGAAUAGUCUAAAAAAAAUAAUUUAAAACAUACUUGAACUUGAAAAAGAUAAUGAAAUCACAUAAGUGACAUACCGAAUAAUGAAGGGAUCAUAAAUAUAAUUCAUUCCUUCAUGUCCAAAUUGUGACAGCAUAAAAAACUAAAAUAAAAAAAUAAUAAAAAAUAAAAAAAAUUAAACACCAAAAAAUAACUAAAAGUCAAACAUAUUUCACUAAAGAAAAUUAAGUGAUAAUUUUUGUUGCUCUAUUAAAAAAUUUAAUCUAGACAAUAUUUCUAUUGAUAUUAUUGUAAAUCCAAUGAAAGGCGAAAAAGUAUUCAGUCCUUCAAAAACAGUCGAAGUUUCUAAUUUGUACUCUUUUCAAAAUGAAAAGAUCAGAUUAGUGUUUAGAAGAGAUUUCUCAGCAAGCUUUUUUGAAAAUGUGUACUUUGUUCACAGUUUGCACGAAGAAUAAAAUAGGAGUAAGGCGGAAGUUCUCUUAGUGAAAAAACUUUUCAUAGACUCGUUUUAAUCGGUUUCACAUGAGUUUGGUACUGCUUUAAACUGUAUCAAUAACCUCUCAGAAGUAGCAUUGGGUUAAAUGAACUAAGAAUCAGGAGAAUAAUUGAUAAAACCUAUACGGUACAAUUCAGCAGUUAUUUAAUAUUUGAUUAAUGACAUUUUAGAUCAUCAUAUGAUUCUAUAAAAUACAUUCGUUUUGCAAAUUGAAAAAUUCAGCUUAUUAAAAUUUAAAGAAGAAAUAAUGUAGUUAUUUAGAUUGCAAAUAGAAUAUAAAAAACUAUCCUUUGAUUUUUAUAUUGACCCAUAAUUACCAGAGUUUAUUUACCAAGAUAAACACCGCAUCUAAUCUAUACUUAUGACUAUGAUUAGAAAUGCAAUAAAAUAUACUUAGCAUGGUAAAAUCACUGUUGAACUUAAAAUUUAAGCUGUUUAUAGCAACAAUCCUACGACUCCAAAGACAGAGAAAUCUCAUAAUUUAUACGAAUCAAACUAUGUUUAGAAAAUAUUCUUAUUAGGUAUUAAAGUAAAAGACACUGGUGUCGGACUUGAUGAAAGCGAAUCUAAGAAGUUAAUACAUUUACUUAAUUAUGGAUUUUGUAAUGAGUCAAUCAGUAAAAAUUCUCUGGGAAACGGAGUUGGUGGUCUUUGUGUAUCCAAUCUUAUCGCUAUUAAAUUAAGUGGUAGAGAAAAUUUAGGAAUUUAGUUUGAAAGAAAUAAUGAAAGCGCAUCAGGUACAAUUUUUAGAUUUUUUGUGGAGUGCUAAGCAUUCUAAAAAUAAAGAUUAUAAACCAUGAAAUUGAAUCCAUCAUAGUUCAAUGAAGCAAUCCUUAACCAUUUACCAACAAUACUUGACAAUACAGCUGUUUAUGAUAAUAACCUAGCAGAUUCAUCUCUAAUACACAAUGUACCUUCUUCAUCUAAAAUUAACAGUCCUAAUGAAUUACCAGCAGUUUCUAAAACAAUUAGCUUAAACCCUUUCAUGUCUUUAUAGGCAUCUUAACAGGUUAUCUUAAUUAAUUAGUAAUAACCACAAUAAGGUGGUAGCGCAAAUUUGGCUAAAAAUAACAUUUAUUAAGCUUCAAUGACAUUAAGUUAAAAUUUAUUUGCCAUAAAUCAAAACUAAUAAAGUGUGUCUAGUGCUCAUCACUCUUAAAUUCCCAACUCUAAUACUAAUGUACAAAUGCAAAUACAGUAAAUUACUAAUAAUUUACAGAGUCAAUAAGGCCCUAAUUCUUUAAACUCUAGCUUUAACACUCUCAAUUACAAUUUUUAGAAUGCUCAAUUUUUCGAAUAGCAGACUGAGGAGUAUCAGGUUGAAAAUCUUUUUAAAAAUAUGCUAUUUUUAAGAGCUGGAGGUGGUUCUGGAUCUUAAAACUAAUAACAGUAAAACUAAGAAGAGUAGGACAUAAAUGAGUCUUUAAUAGGAACCCCUUUAACCUAUAACUAACUCGCCGGAAGUGUUUCUCCACUUUAGUUUUUAUGUGGGAAAAAAAGUCAUUUCACUCUAAUCCCUAAAACUCCUUAAAAUCCUUAAAAUCGGAAUAAUUAUAAUGAAUUAAAUUCUAAAAUUUAAAAUAGUUAAUAAAAAAGAUAAAGCUAAACUUAAAACAGUUCAAAAAAUAUCACUUAGUAAUAGUAAAUUAUGUAAUAAAAUCAAAAUACAACAAAUUAGAAUAUAUCAUCAAUUAACUCUGAUUUAAAUGAGUUUUAACAAGUUUUUUCUUAACGUAAAGUUAUGGAAUAAUCAAAAAAUAAUCAAAUUUAAGAACCUAUUUCUCUUUAGAAUAUAAAGUAAGAGUCAGUCAAAUAAGAGAUUAUUGAAGAAAAGUUAUCUACUUCCAAAAAAAUUUAACCCUCUAGUAGAUUAGAUAGUCUUAGACCAAAGACUUCUCUCCAUAUUAAGCAUACUGAAAAUUUAAAUACACCACACUUUAAUGUGGAUAUUGCUUUUUUUUCUAAUAAAGUUGAAGAACAAAAAAUGCUUAAUGAGGCAUAAGAAGACAUAUUAAAAAGAUAAUCUAGUGUAAAGAGGUAAAGUUGUUCAAGUAUAAACAUCAAUACUAAUAGCUUUGUGAGUAGAAAAACUAGAAUAACAUUUGGAGCUUAAGAUGAUUAAUCUCUACCUUUGAAUAGGGAUAGAUCACAAAACGGAAGUGAUUUACCUAUAUAAAAUUAGAAUUCUUUUAAGAUUUAAAAUAGCAACUUCCAACCUUUACAACUAAUCUAAUCAGUCAGUUAAGAAAUUCCAAUAAAAUAAAAUGAAAACAAUACAAUCAUAUCUACAAAAGAAGAAAUUUCCAAUUAGAACACACAAAAUAAGGGAUAAUUUAAAAUUGAUUUCAAAUGCGAUAAAGAAAUUAGAGAAGAGUCCGAUUCUAAAAUAGAAAACUCAACAGAAUCUUGUCUAAAUAAAUAAUAUUCUUUUUAAGAAGAUAUUGCUGAUGAGAGGCUAGAAAACGAAAAACCAAAUAUUGUGGGAGAAUUCAGCACAUUUAACGAUAAACAGCCUUCUUUAAUCAAACUUAGUUCACCAUGCUGUGUUAAGGUGUUAUGUGUGGAUGAUGAACCUUUUAAUCACUUUGUCAUGAAAUAAAUUUUAAAAGCAAAAUAAAUUAAUUGUGACACUGCUCUAAAUGGCGAAGAAGGAGUUGAAAAAUUUAAAUAAAAAAAGAAAUGCCUUUCUUGUGGAUAGAAUUCCUACAGCUUGAUAUUGAUGGACUUAAAUAUGCCCAUUAAAAAUGGAUUUGAAGCCACCUAUGAAAUAAAAUAGUAUUCAAAAUAACAUUAAAUGAGUAAAGUUAUAGUAAUAACUUGCUCUGCCUUUAUUGACAUAGCUUCUAAGAUCAAAGCCCAAUAAAGUGGAUCAGAUUUUUUCAUAUCAAAACCAAUAAGCCAAUCCGUACUUUUUAAUCUAUUGUAAGAAUAGCUUUUAAUAUGA